UGUUAUUUAGAGCAGAGUGUGAGAGCAUGCAGGAGGAGGAGGAGAGAGGAUCCAGACUCGGACACAAUCAGCAGCAGGAGGAUCAUGAGGAUGUUGAGGAUGAUGGUGAUGGUGAACUCUGAGAGCUGGAGAGAUCAGCUCCUACCUGGUAGCUCAGAAGUGGAUUGGUGUGAAGGAAAUUAUCUCAUCCAUCCCAACAUCGCCGAGUUCUACAACACGGUCAGUAAUGUGCUCUUCUUCGUGCUUCCUCCUCUCCUGAUGCGUUUAUUCCAUCAGUAUGCUGUGUGUUAUAACCGUGGGAUUUAUGUCAUAUGGUUUCUGCUCAUGGUUGUUGGCCUGGGCUCGGCGUAUUUUCACGCUACACUCAGUUUUAUUGGUCAGAUGUUAGAUGAACUGGCCAUCCUCUGGGUCCUGAUGUGCGCUUUAGCCAUGUGGUUCCCGAAAAGGUUCCUGCCCAGAAUAUUUCGGAGACACAGUAGGUGUGGCUUUAAGCUGCUGGUGGUUUCUCUGGCGCUCGUCUUCACCUGUCUGGCCUUCGUGAAACCCGCGCUGAACUCAGUGUGUCUCAUGACUCUGGGGCUCCCCUGUACAGUACUGAUGAUCAAUGAACUGAUCAGGUGUGAGAACCAGCGUGUGUUUAAACUGGGUUUAAUCUCGGCGUUGUGGUGGUUUCUCGCUCUUCUCUGCUGGAUCAGCGACAGCAUCUUCUGUGAAGUUUGGUCCAAAAUGAACUUCCCCUACUUACACUGUGUUUGGCAUGUUCUCAUCUGUGUGGCCUCGUACCUGGGCUGCGUGUGUUUCGCGUAUUUCGACGCAGUGAGCGAGGUUCCAGAGCGAGAACCGGUUCUCCAGUUCUGGCCCAGUGAGCGCUGGGCUUUCAUUGGGGUUCCUUAUGUCACUCUACUGAACACACACCGAAAAUCCCACAACAAAACACUGUAAAGUCUCAGGAAGAGGAUGAAGGUGUGACAGGGCAGUGCCACAAUGAUGUAGUGACGAUGACAGAAUGACACAAUGACGUGUUGAAGGACGUUUUCAGACAUGAAGAUGAUGCAGGAUGAAGGUGAUGGAAUCAGUCUACCUCACACACAUCUCAACAGCUGGAUGAUGCUUUAAACACAACUCAUAUUUCUCUCAUUCCCUAAUGCUUUAAUAUUUCUGAAACAUUACUUUUUUUAAUGAAGGUUUAUAUUGUCAAUGAUAAUCACUUUCCAGAUUCUAAAAUAAGGUGAAGAUAAAUUAAUAAAGUCAUGUGACAGUGAAUAAACUCCAGCAUACUUUGACAAAUUGUGUUAUAAAAUUAAUUUCUAAAGACUGAGUUUAACAGUUUAAAUAAAUUUGGCAUUUUUAAAUUCAUUAAAUCUGAUUUAUUUUAUGCAAUGCAUUUUUUAAAU